AAGAGUGAGAAACCACUCCACGCUGAAAAUGCAAGCGUUUCGACGAAUCACAACAACGGCGAAGCAGUUCCACGCUCUGUCACCGGCGGUGGCGGCGGCGAAACUCCGUUUCAGUUCACCCAACGAAGUUCCGGCAACUACGCGGUGGUUAUCAAGCCGCGAGUCCCGGAGCGGCGAAGACGAGUGGAACGAGGCUUGGGAAUCGGCGUGGCUGCCGGAGGAUCUCACGCCGAAGAAUCGGGCGCCGUGGGAGGGCGACGUGAACUUGGCGGACGCGGAGACGAAGGCGUUCGUGGAGGAGAUGAAUGAGAAUUGGAACGAGAGGCGAAAGGGGUCGAAGGAUGCGAAGGAGAAGAGGGAGGAAAACGGUGCGCUUUAUAGUGUGGAGAAUAUGAAGAAGGAUUAUCGGUUGAAGAAGCAGAAGUUGCAUGCUGGUCUUUGGAUGAAGGAGAUCGAGAAGCUUGAGGAGGCUAAGUUGGGUGAUUCUGACUCUCCUGCUGGUGAUGACAUUCAGAGAUUGCUUGAUAGCUGCUCUGACAUUUUUGACACUGGCAAUAAUGACCUGAACAACGCAAAAGUUGAAACUUCUGAGUUCAAAAACAUGCCUGAUGGAUGGGAAACAAUAUCAAAAAAUCAAGAAGGAAACGUAUGGGAGAUGUCCCAGAGAGAAGAAGAUAUACUUCUCCAAGAAUUUGAGCGACGAAUUGCUUAUAGCAAGUUUCAGAUUGCAAGUUUUAUCAAGACUCAUAUAUUUAGCCGAAGAAGGCCAAUUGAUGGGUGGAAAUACAUGAUAGAGGUGGUGGGACCAAAUGCUAAGAGAGGGAAGUGUAGUGUUUCUAGAGUACCCAGUCUCUCAGAUCCCUCUACCCAACCAUUCAAGGAGGAGACGACUUCAGUUGAUAAGGCAUACAUUCCCCAUCAGAGAAGGUAGCAUGGUCAUGUAGUUUAAUGUAUCUUCUUUUACUGUGAAGAGGUCAUUUCUUUCAGAUAUUGGCUAAAUGAAGGGUAGCAACUGCAACUUAGCCUUUACUGACAACAGAGUCUCUCGGCGGAACAUAUGUUACGCGCUAGUACUUCUACAUAUAUCUAACUGCAUGUAGAACAUAUACCUGCACGACUAUGUAACGGGUGGUGGCAAGAACUUCUAUCAAUGGCUAUUCUUGCAGUUGUGUUUGUCUAAUCGUGCAUCAUUGUCUUGAAAAUCUAGUGUGAAAAGUGGAUUGAAAGGAAGUUUUGUCCAAUUAAAAGAGGAAGUGUAAGAUCAAAGAACAUUAACCCUUUGUUGAUGUAUUUUAAUUAGGAGCAGAAUUUGGAGAA